AUGGUGAAUCUUUAUUUUCAGCCAGAUGCGCAACUCACCGCACAAGACCGCUUGGUCCUGAACAUUCUGCAAAAGGACUACGAGCGAUACCAGAGCAAACACAGCCAAUCGCAGCCCGAAGCUUCAGAAGACUCGGAUGAUUCGGGAGUGAAGCACACCCGAUUUGAAUCGACGUCACCAGAAGGUAAUUGCAGCAUUGCCCAGCCCUCCCACCCAGCACAGGUGGAAGAACAGACCAUCCAACGCCUCAAGGACCUGAACAACCCCAAGUCUUCCGUCUUCGAGCCCACCGUUUUCGUCUCCGUGGACUAUCCCGACAUCAAGAAUCCCCUCGUGCGCAAAUGGCUCAUCGACCCUUACGUUCGUUGGGCACGCGCCAUCGUCCGCGUCGACACUGAUGUUGUCAUGCUCACCCAUCUGUUGCUGUACUUCUCCACCAGCAUCCCCUCCGCUGUCUACAUGUUUUACAACUUCCACUGGUGGCACGGCCCGCUGCAUUUGAUCAUGCAGGUAUACUACAUGGGGUCGUACACGCUCAUGAUGCAUCAGCAUAUCCAUAUGCGAGGCAUCCUGAACAAAAAAUUUGCAGCCAUAGACCUGUCUUUCCCCUACAUCACGGAUCCGCUGAUGGGCCAUACGUGGAACUCGUACUACUUCCAUCAUGUCAAGCAUCACCAUGUCGAAGGCAACGGGCCGGACGACCUUUCCUCCACCGUCCGCUAUCAACGAGACGAUGUUUGGAAUUUUUUGCAUUAUGUGGGCCGAUUCUACUUCUUUGUCUGGUUUGACCUACCACGAUACUUCUUCCGCAAGCGAAAGCCAGAACUUGCAUUCAAAGCCGGUGCCUGCGAGAUUGCAAACUACGUCUUCCUGUAUACCAUGUUCAACCAUGUCAAUGCCCCGGCUACAUUCUUCGCACUUUUGAUGCCGCUCGCUGUCAUGCGGCUGGGCUUGAUGAUUGGUAACUGGGGGCAGCACGCCUUUGUGGACGAGCUGAAGCCGGACUCCGAUUUUCGAUCGAGCAUUACCGUCAUUGAUGUUCCAAGUAACCGCUACUGCUACAACGAUGGCUACCACACAUCGCACCACCUGAACCCUCUUCGCCAUUGGCGCGACCACCCUGUUGCCUUCCUCGUGCAAAAGAAGCAGUAUUCUGAUGAAGAUGCUCUUGUUUUCUACAACAUCGACUACCUCAUGAUUACGUUCAGUCUCCUGGCGAAGAAUUACAUGCAUCUAGCUAGAUGUCUGGUCCCGAUUGGUGACCAGAUGAAGUUAAGCCUAGAAGAAAGAGCCGAGAUGUUGCGACGCAAGACAAGAAGGUUCACGGAAGAGGAGAUUGCUGAGAAAUGGGGAAAGCAAUAUGCUAGGCUGAAGUAA